CUCUCUUUUCCGCUCGCUUUUCCUCUUUCCUGCUUCAAUCUUUCUUCCCACCAGCUGUUGCUCAACCAUGGAUGGCCCGGCCGAGCGUCUGACGGCUCAGCAGGCCGCCCUUGCCGUCGGCAAGAAACGGAAACCGGAGGACGAGGAUGACCAUGACGUCGACGAUUACGAUGACGGUGACCGCAUGAGCAUCAGCAGCAGCAGCAGUGGGUCGGAUUGGGAGGCCGACCGGCGCCGCAAGAAGGGCGGGCGCCACGCCAAGAAGAUGAAGAGCAACGACGGCCGGGCUAAGGGGAAGAAGGCCAGCAUGGCGACUAAGGGCAGAUCUGACGGCGCUGCGGCAGAAACUGACGACGUGGAGAUGCAGGUGGGAGGGAAUCCCAAAGCGCAUCAUACACAAUGGGGCGGAAAUGCUUCAUCCACUGUCUGUGUUGGUUGUGUUUGUGUUUUGUAUGCAGGUUGCUGAUGAGUUGAGUCCCGCUGACGUGCUGAGUGCGCUCGGCGGCAUGGUGGAGAAGCUACAGGCGCAGAUACAAUGCAUCGAAGAAACAAAGGCUGAGGUGGGUGGGCGGAGGGAAGCGUGAAAGGGAUGUGUGUGCGGAUGUGUCAUGUCCGUACGUGUCGUGUUCGCCAGGCUGAGCGUGUGUUUGAGUUGAAGAUGGGUCUGCCGCAGCCCGACUCCCCCGCAUGGAGGUGACACACAGACACAGCACCAAACAACCACACACCACCGCACAUCGCAGCCGUUCACAUCUCUGUGUGUGUGUGUGUCAUUCCGUCAGCUUUCGUGGCGUGCAGGAAGUUGAGCGUCAGUUUCGUGUGUUGGCGUCUAUGGUGACGCGCGACGUCGAGGUGCGGACGCAGUCAGCCAAGACAGCGACGCACCAGAUGGCGCAGACAUCCAAGAAACUCGACAUCAUGGAGCAGAAGAUCAACAAACUCAACCAACAUGAAGAUGAGGAGGUACACAUCCGCACACACGCACAUACACACGCACACACAAUUGCUUACACAUGUCGUCAUAGGAUGCAACGCAUCCUCUGUGUCCGUUUGCUUUGUAAUAUGUCAGGUCGCUUCGUGUUUGGAGGGGCUGGCUGAGGCGUUGUGGACGGGUGACGGCGAGCGUUUGGGCGUGUCGGGCUUCCUGGGCUACACGUCCUUCAUGCAGUCGCUGUCCAGUGUGAGCACCUACUUCAGAGCACUCAGCCUCAAGAGCGAGGGGCACCCCAUCCUGGAGCUGGACAAGUCGCCUACUGAGGACAUCGCAAAGAAACUCAUACGUGAGAGACACAACGGGACACAUAAGCACAUGCACGAUGUAAUGAUAUGUGUGGUGGGUGUGUGGUCAGGUCGUUUGUCUGUGAGGCGUCUUCGUAUGAGCCACUGCCCCACCCCCGCCCUCGUGCGUCUCGUCGAUGGGUUUGCAGCCACCCUGGAGACCCUGCAACUGACGGGAGAGGCAGCGAACCACAUCGGGCAGGGUAAGCAAAGGAACAGAAAGACAAGAGACGGAAUUGCCUGGACAUAAUUUUGCGUCCUUUCUUGGUGUGUCUACCAUGGUGGAAGAGGGAGGGCGUCGCUACCGAGGGUUUUUCUACGGAGAAGACCGCAAGCCGAUCGCGUCGCCACGCAGCACGGAACCAGUGGCCUUCCCGCGUCUGCACAAGGUGACGGUGCAGGGGGCCUGGAGCAACAUCGCACAGGUGCGUCAGCCUCCACAGUCCCUGUGUCAUCAGUGCUGGAUGAUGCGCUCAUCUGCAGGAUCGUGACUACCAGCUCCCCGUGUUGAAGUCACUGACCGUGGACAGCAUCCAUGACCGAGUAGGCUGCCUCAGCUGGAUCCGCAGAGCAUCAGCCGGCUUGUCAUCGCUUCAUGUCAAAGACGACUACGUGAGAGAGAAGACGCGAGAGGGAAGAAGCGGUCAGAGAAAGUGUCCUCUUAUUGUUGUUGCAGGCCACCACUCUCGAUGCUGUCGCAACGGCCAUCACCGACACACCAUCAGGUUACAGAAACGCUUCAAGAAAACACCUCAUGCAUCAUAUGGCUUCCUGCCACAUUCAGCCAACACCCUCGUCUGCCUCAAGGGCGCCAUCUUCGGUCCCAACAGCAGCAGCCGAUUCCUCGAGCUCAUCGACAAGCGGCUGGGAGGGCAGAAGCUCUGCAACAUCGACGUGUGGCUGGCGCGUAUCACAACUAUUGCAGCCGUGCAGGUCCGUCGGGGAUCCACAGAACAAAUUUCAGUCGUCGUGAUACUCACGGGCUGCUCUUUCUGAUGUGUUUCUCAUUCUUCACCAGGCUCUCCAUCGCUUCCGCACGUCGUACCUCGAGCCUGGAGCGACGGAGGUGUAUCGUCGGAUUCAAGAGAACGGCAUCCACCUCCCUCUUGAUGGAGACCCCACCCAGCUGGCCGACUGCCUGCCCACCGCCCAGCUGUGCUGCGACAUCCCUCAGGAGGUGACCCUCCGGACACACGCUCAGCCAGGCGGCGGAGUGUUCGACGGCCCCCUCGUCUGCCCGAAGGCUAAGCAGCUGACCAUCGAGUACUCCAACCAGCCUGCCCCACUCCCUGCCUAUGUCGUGUCUGAUCCCUCUUCCCUCUUCCCAUCUGUCGAGUGUGUUGUGGUUAAGCAAGGAGAGGAAGGCAGUCGCUUCUACGAGGGGGGCGUGGCCUCCGUGCAGAGCGUGUCGGUCGAGGUGUCUGCCCGUGCGAAUCCUGAGGCCAGGCUGUGUCUCGUGCCUGAUUGUGUGGGCCAUCUGUCUUGCCAAGGCAGGCCUUUGCCUGUGCACAUGACGGUCGAUCUGCUGCGACCACCACACCAUCACUGGCAUGACGGCCAUGACCAGCUUUUCCAUUCCAUCCACUGGUCUUUGUAUGGCAACAGCGAGGAUGGCAGGGAGGCCAUGCAGAGGCGUGUAUCUCGCCUUCAGAUCGACAUCAAGUCAGGCGACGGCUAUCGCAACAAGCACUCGUGGCUGUCGAGUGAUGAGGGCAGGCAGAUGUACACUUCGUUUGCUGCGUGUGUGGCCGAUGCAUUCGAGAGUUUUUCCCCCUCUCUCAAGCGCAUCGUUUUGGUACCGCAGCCCAGGCCGGCCUUCGGGCUGGUGGGGCAUCUGAGAGAGGCAAGCAAGAAAAGGUUCAUCGUGUCGAAUAUGGACGCAGAGGGGGCCAUCGAGAUGCGCCCAGCCAAGAAGGGAGGCAAAAGAGACAAGCCAGCCCACUCACUGCUAAGGGAGUGACAUGACCACAAGACACACCAGGCAUCCCUCACCACACGGUCACAUUGGUCAGUGCAGACGUGGAUAUCGAUGCCGAUUUUGAUACAUGAGAUGUCCACAUGUUCCCCCUGUUGAUCGCAGUGUAUGGUUUUGUCGCUUCGUGUGAUCGUGAACAGACGGCCCUCUUCGAUGGACAUAUGUACACAAAAGACAAGACAGACAGACAGAAAGAGAGAAACAGACUGGCUCCUGAUCCCUUUCCCUCCAUGAUGCACGUCGACUGAUGACACACAUUCAUUGUUUCUGUGUGAGAGAUGG